CUGCACCUCUGCGUUCGCCCGCGGCUCCAGAAAAGAUCCCCUCCGCCUCCGACCCCGAGGCAACAAGGCAGCUCGCAUUUCGCCGCUCACCGAGCCCUCGAGGCGCGCUAUCCAUGGCCACCUACUGCCCAUCCGGCGCCUCCGCGCUCCUGCUCUCCGCCCCGCGAACCCGCGCCGCCUUUCCGCAGAGGUUUCCCGGUCCGGCUUCCGGGAGGAGCUCUCCCUGUGCAGCUGCUCGGCGGCAGAGGAGGGGGAGGGGAGCGGUGGGUGCCGUGCGAGCAUGCUUCAAUCCUUUCGGGGACGAACGCAUCCUCCGGGAGGCCUUGAAGGAGCCAGUUGCAUUCAUGGGUGGCGUGUUUGCUGGUCUCUUAAGGCUUGACCUGAAUGAGGAUCCUCUUAAGGAGUGGGUUACUCGAACGGUAGAGGCUUCUGGAAUAGCUGAGGAGAACAGCACCGAGGAAUCAAAUGAGGGAGCUCAAAAUGAUGGACCCCAGCAAAUUGAGAUUGAGUGAGGUUGUUGGGCGGUGCUUUCCAACUAAUAAUCGAAUGAUGGACAAGGAUCUAGCUGCACUGGCCUGAAGGGCAUCCUUCGCUUGUAAGUUUCCGGCUGCAACUUGCUUGCGAGCUGUGUUAUUAUGGUUGUGGAAUGGUUGGCAUUCCAGUGCCAGUAGCUGUUAUCGUCGCUGUUUUGACCAAUGACGUGAACACAAGUGAUAAGUCAUUGCAACUGCUAUCUGCCUGACGAUGACUUCAUUUCCUCCCUAGUUUGUUAUGCUUCUUGUUGGACAAGGAUCGCCUUUGAAUGCCGACCGAGAAACGCUGUGAAUUCUCA